AUGACCGACUUAUCUUGGGCUCAACGGGUAACGGAUCGCUUCUUUGGCGACCGCAAAUCGCCAUCUCAGAAACAAUGCGACGACGUCGCCCGAUCGAUUUCUAGCGCCUCGACGGUCAGCUCUGUGGAAAGUCCAGGCUCAAUGAGCUACACCGUCAUCUGUAGCGGAUGCCCUGGGCCACAACAAGAUCUCGUUUUGUCAUUCAGAGAACAGGGGGCCAUGCUCGACGUGGACAUUGUGAAGUUGGCCAAAGAGAUUCAUGGAAACCUUGUCCCCGAGUCAACCUUUCACGGAAACAUGGAAGGCGCCGACCCCCCUCUGUUUAUCUACUCCAUGCCUUACCUGAGAGGUUCAUCAUACACCGGAGUUCAGCCUUUUUGGGUGGAGUUGGAUUCCAACGUAGAAUCCACCCAAAGAGCCUUUGUCAAGGACUUGGCUCGACUGGCGGAAGAAUCACCGCCAGUUCUAUCAAAGUCGAUUCUGUCAAAGCUCAUCGAAGCCCUUCCCUCUAUCUUCGCAAAGGAUUACCCACAAGUCCUCACCCAUAACGACUUCUCAGUAACCAACAUUCUGGUCAAUGAGGAUACGUUGAAAGUCACAGGUAUCGUUGAUUGGUCGCUGGCAUCGGUUAUGCCGUUUGGACUGGAUCUAGAUAUACUUUUCUUAGCCACAGGAUUCAGGACCCUACACGGAUGGCAUGACUACGGAUGCAAGCAGCAGCUACAAGACGUUUUCUGGGACGAGUUCUGGUUUUCUUCUGGGAUCGAGGGCGAGGAUCUUCGGCAUAAAACACAAAAUUUGGCCGAAGUUGCAGGCCAGAUUGGCGCGAUUCUCCGAUUAGCUUUCCGACGCAACGACGAUGGGUCACCGUCUGAAGAGGUCUUGGUGUCAGGACAUCGAAUUAGACAGUUGAAGGUGUGGUUGGGCGAAUAA